AUCGGGCCAUAUUCCCACCAUAUAUUCAGCAAAAGAUUUUUUUUUUUUUCAGUACAGUGCACAACUUUAUCUUGUCUCCAUUCUCAGCCGCACAGCUUUUUCGACAUGGAACUCUUCUUCCACUUCCUCCUUUCACUCAUCUCUUUCCUAUUCUUUGUCUUCUUCCUCGCUGCAAAACACCAGAAACCCACCAAACCCGGCUUCAAAUUCUACCCCCUAAUCGGAGCAUUACCGGGAUUCAUCAAGAACCGCCACCGCUUUCUGGACUGGUCCACCGACAUCCUCGCCGCCUGCCCCACCAACACCGCCGUAUUCCGCCGCCCCGGAAAGGUGCACGGCGUCAUGACCGCCAACCCGCUCAACGUCGAGCACAUGCUCAAGGCCAACUUCCACAACUACCCCAAAGGCGACCGCUUCAUAUCUCUCCUCCAGGAUUUCCUCGGCGCCGGGAUUUUCAAUUCCGACGGCGACCAGUGGAGGACCCAGCGCAAAACUGCUAGCUACGAGUUCAGCACCAGAUCGCUCCGGAAUUUCGCCAUGGAAACGGCCAACACGGAGCUCCACACCCGCCUGAUUCCCAUCCUCAGAGACGCGGCGAACAAACGCUCUGUUCUUGAUGUCCAGGACACCCUCGAAAGAUUCGCGUUUGAUAAUAUUUGUAAAGUCGCGUUCAACGUGGAUCCCGGAUGUUUGGGCGGCGACGGGACUAAAUCCGCCGAAUUCAUGCAGGCUUUCGAGGACGCGGCGACUCUCAGCUCCGGCAGAUUCAUGUACGCUUUGCCGUUUUUUUACAGAGUCAAGAAAUUCCUCAACGUGGGAUCGGAGCGAAAAUUGCAAAAAUCAAUUCAGAUCGUCCACAAGUUCGCCGACGAGAUCAUAUUGUCAAGAAUCAAACAUCGGACGGAGAAAACCGGUGAGGAUUUAUUAUCAAGAUUCAUGGGGACGACGACGGAGGAAUAUUCCCCGACGUAUCUCCGAGAUAUUGUGAUCAGUUUCAUUUUAGCCGGCCGCGAUACGACGUCGUCGGCACUAACAUGGUUCUUCUGGCUACUAUCCUCAAGGCCGGACGUGAAACACAACAUCCUUAAAGACCUCGAAAAAGUCCGGCGAGAGAGCGGUCGUCACAAAAUCGGAGAAUCAUCAUCACCGUACACCUUAGACGAACUGCGAGAGAUGCAGUAUCUACACGCGGCGAUCUCGGAGGCAAUGAGGCUGUACCCGCCGGUGCCGGUGGACACGAAAGCCUGCCUGAAAGAUGACGUCAUGCCGGACGGCACGUUCGUCGGAAAAGGGUGGUUCGCGACGUAUCACACGUACGCCAUGGGGAGAAUGGAGAAGAUUUGGGGGAAAGAUUGCUGCGAGUACAAGCCGGAGAGGUGGUUGGAUGAGAAUGGGGAGUACAGACAGGAAAGUCCGUUCCGGUUUCCGGUGUUCCACGGCGGACCCAGAAUGUGUCUGGGGAAGGAAAUGGCGUACAUUCAGAUGAAAGCCAUUGGGGCUUCGAUUCUGGAGAGGUUUGAGAUUGAGGUGUUGUUGGAGGAGAAGGGAAAGGUUCCUGAUUUUGUGUUGUCGUUGACUCUUAGGAUGAAGGGUGGGUUGAUUGUGAAGGUUAAGGAAAGAAAAGAUGAUUAGUUUAAUGUUGUGGUUAUUUGUUAGCUUAAUGAUGCCAUAAUUUGAUUAUUAGUAUAGUAGAUAAUGUUAAUAGUUAUGGUCUUCAUUUGAUGUGA